CACUGGCCGAUGCGGUGCGAUCCUCCGACCGUCUCUGCUUUGGCUCCAUCUCGGCGGCCUCCAGCCCAGCCCUACCUGUCGCUUGGGAGGCUCGUGGGCGUGACAGUGCCUCAGCAGCCCUGCUCGCCGCGCCAGCAGGCCGCUCAGCCUGACCCGCGCCACUGUGGCUCAAGCGCAGUUGGCUCAGGCAUUUUUGGCCCAGCUUCCUCAUUGGUCCGAGUGGCGCGGUUCCUUUCUCGUGCAUCUCCCGAUGGCUCGCGGCGCUCCGCUCCUGUCCCUGGCGGUCUUGGCGGCUCUUGCCGUCCUGGCAUGCCAGCUCGUGCUCGGCGCCGUCUUCGUGGGCACUCCCGCCACGCCUGGGCUGCGGGGCCGGGCCGUCACGCGCCGCGUGGGCACGGACUACUUGCUGCGCAAUGGCCCGAAGGACGCUGACGGCCCGCCCGUGGACACGGCCGCGGCCCCGGCCGGCCAGGCGGUGGAGUACAAGAAGCGCCCCUUUGGCAUCGCCCGCUACGCGCCGGGCGUCGGCGGCAACGGCGCGACGGUCAUGGAGGUGACCCAGAAGUCCCGCUACCCGGGCGACCCGCAGGGUCAGGCCUUUGUUGCCGGCGUGCAGCCUGGCUGGUCCCUGAAGACGGUGAACGGUCAGGACGUCACCGGCCUCCCCUUCGGAGCCAUCAUGGAGAUGCUGGACGACGAGGUGCUGGACCCGGUCGCGGCGCUGUCUUUGAACGUGAAGAAGGAUUCUUCUCAGAGUAGCGGGUCGUCCGGCAUGGCUGGCGCUGGCAUGACAGACUUCGGUGUCGAGAAGGCGGAGGUCCCGAUCACGGUGGUGUAUUCGUCUCGUUGAGCACAGCGAGUGGAGCAUUCGUUGCAGCAUCGUGUGAGUGUGGCCUUGUGGUCCUUGGCCCUCCCUAGCCUCGUCCUCCGUCCCCCUCCAUCGUCCUGGCCUGCUCAGGCAUGCUUCAACGUGCUGCACAAGCAUGCAGUGCCUGCUGCAUCCUCGCUGUGCUGCAUGCGUCUGCCCAUACGCUGUGAAGCGCCUGGCUGCCGCAGCAGGCCGCGGCCUACCCUCACGCGGCCGCCCGCCGAAGGAGCCGGGCCGACUCGCGUUUUAGUUUGAGAGGAGCGAAUCAGACAAAAUCCAGGGCCGGGAGCCCAUGCUCUGCAGAACUUCGGGGCUCUAUUGACCUAGGUCAAUCCAGACCCGGGUCAGUCAGGCCUUGCCGGAUCCUGCAAGAUCUUGCAGGAGACUGCAGGAUCCUGCGCCCAAG